AUGGCACCGAGCAGGGGAAAAGGCAAGGCUACUGGAAAAGGCAAGACCAGCGCAGGUCGAAGAUCUGGACGAUCCGAGGCUGUUGAGAGUGAUCUCCCAGACGUGUUCCAAUCCAUGCUCCAGGAGGCCGAUGUUGAACAGUCCGAUGACCCAGUUCGACCUUUGAAGAAGAGGCGAGUCGCUGUUCCUGAAAACGAGAAAAGUCUACCUGUGAAGCCAAUUGCCCAGUCUGCUUCAAAGUCGGAWCCCCGGCCAAACGUGAAGCCCGCUUCGCAGCUGCAGACGAUCGAGGAUUCAUCCGAAUCUGACACCAGCGACAUCGAGUUCGAAGAUGUCGAUCUCGGUCGUGCUGACGAGACGUUAUCGGAAGGACCAGAAGACAGCAUCGAAGAUCUCUCGAUAUCCAUCCCAGCAGUGAGUAGCACAAAGCGAAGUGGCCAGCCUAGGCGAAAGCCCGCCACAUACGCCGAAAAGGCUCAUCGGCUCGUGGUCCACAAAUUGCAUAUACUGUGCCUCCUAGGACAUUGUAUGUAUGUGAAUGGGUGGUGCAGCAAUGUUGCCGUCCAGAGGCAUCUCCGGACCCUCUUGAACGCCAAAACCGUGUCAUACCUCAAUCCCAAAGCCGGUCUUUCUCAGUUCCAGCAGAAUCGAUCGUUCCAGGACGGACUCAAGCAAGCAAUCGAUGCCUUCAGCGCCGAGUAUCAGAUAAUUUCUCGCGGUCUUCAAAGACCGCAUUGGGAUGUUGAGGAAGAGCCAUCUGUCGAUCGAGAGUACGCAGCUGCCAUGGACAGAGCAGACUUCAUUGCAUCAGCGAAAGAUUUAGCCGGCUCCCAAGACGUUGGUAACCAACUUUUCUGCGCUCUACUUCGGUCUGUGAAUGUUCAGACUCGCUUGGUCUGCUCACUGCAGACUCUGCCUUUUGGAAGUGUGCCAAAAGCWAGCACUCCCAAAAAGCCAGCGAAGCAGAAGAUCAUGGCUAUGGCGCCAGGCUCACUGCCUGCCUCUCGACUCAGUGAUGAUGAUUCACCACUUACUGGCUCGAAGAUUUCCGCAAUUCGCAGAAGACUUGGACAGCCCGUGUUUGCGGAAAGCGCACCUCAACCGCCGCCGAAGAAGCCGAAACCUGUGCCGAAGCUAGCUUAUCCUGUGUACUGGGUUGAGGCUUUCAACAUUGCUCACCAGAAGUGGGUAGCGGUGGACCCAAUUGUUACACAUACUGUUAAUCAGCCCACGAAGAUCGAGCCACCAACUUCAUAUCAUCUUAACCAGCUCACUUACGCUAUUGCCUUCGAAGCUGACGGUUCUGCGCGUGAUGUUACCAAACGGUACGCCAAAGCCUUCAACGCGAAAACUCGCCGACAGCGGGUAGAAUCUUCAAACGAAGGUGCAAGGUGGUUUAAGAAGGCUAUGCGCAUCUUUCUUCGACCUAGAGGCUCACUGGACCGAGAUCAGGUCGAGGACGCAGAGCUUGCGCAGAAGGAAGCCAGAGAAGGCAUGCCUGCAAAUGUGCUUGACUUCAAAGACCAUCCUUAUUACGCGCUUGAACGGCACCUGAAGCGGCACGAAGUCAUUCAUCCAAAGCGAGAGGUGGGCAAAGUGAAUGCUGGAACAGCCGCAAAGCCUAGGAUGGAGGUCGUCUACCGGAAGCAGGACUUGUUGUCAUGCAAAAGUUCGGACAAGUGGUAUAGAUGUGGAAGGGAGAUCAAGGCAGGCGAGCAGCCCCUGAAGCAUAUUACCAGACGAGUGAGACGGCAGCGUUCAGUUGAGGAUGACCACGAAGAACAAGAUGGCGACGUGACAUCCACGGGUCUCUAUUCUCCCCAACAAACUCAGCUAUAUGUCCCGCCGCCGGUCGAGAGAGGUCGCGUCCCGAGAAAUGCUUACGGCAAUCUGGACAUUUAUGUUCCGUCUAUGGUUCCUGCUGGAGGGACGCACAUCCGCCACAAACUCACGAAAGAUGCGGCGCGACUCCUGCGGGUCGAUUAUGCAGACGCCGUCACGGGAUUUUCAUUCAAGGGCAGACAGGGCACUGCCAUUGUUGAAGGUGCCGUCGUAGCUACGCAAUUCGCAGACGCUGUCCAGGCCGUCAUCGAUGGGUUCGAGGACCAAGCUGUCGAGGACGAAAGCAGAGUCCGCAGUCUGGAGGCCUUGCGCCUGUGGAAGAGAUUUGCAGUUGGCCUCAGAAUCGUAGAGAGGGUCAGUGGAUACGGGGAUGGGGCGAAUGAUGUGGAUAUGGGAGAGCGCCCUGAGUAUGACGGUACUAUCGCGGAACCUGGUGGCUUCUUCCCGGGCGCAAUAGGAGAGGAAGAACAUGCGAUGCCCACCGCUGGCAGGUUUUCGGUCACGGAAUUGAAGCGGAGGCCGAAUCCGAAACGCAAGGUCCAUGGUGAAGAGAGCGAGGAGGAAGCAACGCUAGUUGAGGAUGAUGAAGACUAUCAGCCUCAGCAGCACUCAGAUACGGAUCUUGCUGGCGGCUUCAUGUCUGUUGACGAUAAAGAGCGUGUCAUUAAACAGCAGGAUGAACACAUUGGCGGCGAAGGCGGAUUCCUGAUUGAGGAUGACCAUGGCGGAGAUGGUUUCUUAAUCGAAGAAGACGGAGCCCAUGCAUCGAUUGGGUUGGGUAGCGACGGUCUCUUGCCCACGGACGACCAAAAUACCCCGAACGUCCCAGCAACGCCGGUCUUUCAGCCUGAUGCGGCAGCUCAAGUGGAUACUCACAUGACUGAGGUCACUUUGGAAUCCAUAGACUCAAAUGUUAGUUGUGAGCUGCAGAUGUAUGCCCCUGAAACAUCUACAACAAUGGUGGAACAGCAGGCCAGCGCCGAGAAGGAUGGGCAGCCUCCUCGCGAGGAUGAUGAGAGUGACAGAGGCUCCCUACUAUCCCGCGACCCUGACGAUGAAGAUGCUGAGCCGGACUGGUUGGAAAGUGAUUGA